AUGGAAUACAUUGGGGCCAAUCUCAUUCUCUCCUAUUCAUCUGCAGAAAAGAAUGCAAUCAUCACACACGAUAAAAGAUCAACUACUGCCAUCAUUAAUCAAGAUGAUGAAUUUAUUCCAUUUCUCUAUCUAGGAGGAAAGACAGCUGCAGAAAUUGAUCAUCAAGCACUUUAUGAAGCAUUCUCAAUUACUCAUCUAUUGAAUGUGAGUGAAACUCCUAAUAAUAAUACUUGUUGUAAUAUUAAAUCAAACUCCGAUGAUGAGAAUGAAAAUAAUUUAAUAAUUGAUGAUGAAAAUGAAAAUAAUGAAAAGGAGACAAAUUCACCCAUUCAAAGUCUUCAUCUUCCGUUCCUUGAUGCUCCGAAUGGUAAAUUGGAACACAUUCUGCCACAAGCUUUCGAAUUUAUUGAGAAAUGUUUCGAACAGAAAGGUUGUUUAUUGGUGCAUUGUAGAGCUGGAGUUUCUCGUUCAGCAAGUGUGGUGGCUGCCUUUAUAAUGUAUCGAUUUGGAUUCAAUCUAAAAAGAGUUCUAUCUCUAAUGAAAGAGAGGAGACCUUCGGUGGAUCCAAACUUUGGUUUCAUUUACAAAUUGAAAGAGUUGGAGAAGCAGUAUUGUGAUGAGAAGGAUUUAGUGGAUAGUAUUAAUGUGGAGGAGGUGUGGAGCAAGUAUUGGUAUGAUUAUGAGAUGGUGAAGGAGUGGACACAAAGUGAAAUUGCUGAACUGUUUAGUAUGGAUGGAGAUUUUGAUGAGAAUGUGGAAACACUAAUUUCAUUAAGGAAUAGAUCAAAAUAA